AGGAUGUAUUUCAUAACACCAAGUAUGAGUUAGCGGGAAACGCUAACGGAGAGAGAGAACAUACUCCGAAAGAGAGGAAUGAAUGAAUGAAUGAAUAAAGGCAACAAAGUAGGACUACAAUCUACAAAGUAUACGAAUUAUGCGGAUUCUACCCUAAUUUUAUCAACUUAUUAUUCCCCCAUUUUUAUUUUCUGAAUCCCUAAUUUCUCUCUCAAUCUAAUUCUGCAACUAUGAAAAUCACCGCAAUUGUUCUUCUCAAAACCAAUUUCAUUUCAUCCGAUGAAGAUCCCAUCAUUUUGGCCAACGCAUCUGAUGUUACCCGUUUCGGCUACUUUCAGCGAUCCAGUAUUCGUCAAUUCAUCGUUUUCGUUUCUCGUACCGUUGCUAAACGUACCCAACCUGGCCAACGCCUUUCUGUUCAACAUGAAGAAUAUAAAGUGCAUGCUUAUAAUAGAGAAGGGCUUUGUGCGUUGAGUUUUAUGGAUGAUCAUUACCCUGUUCGGAGUGCCUUUUCCUUGCUCAAUCAGGUGCUGGAUGAAUAUCUGAAGAAAUUUGGUGAUUCAUGGAAAACUGCUAAGUCGGACUGCACUGACCCUUGGCCCUACUUGAAUGAUGCUCUAACCAAGUACCAGGACCCAGCUGAGGCUGAUAAGUUGCUAAAAAUCCAAAAAGAGUUGGAUGAAACCAAGAUUAUACUGCAUAAGACAAUUGAUAGUGUACUUGAAAGGGGUGAGAGGUUGGACAGCUUGGUGGAAAAAAGUUCAGAUCUUAGUGCUGCUUCACAGAUGUUCUACAAGCAAGCAAAAAAGACAAACCAGUGUUGUACUGUAUUAUAAAUUCUUCAAAACAACAGCUACUGUCUAACAAUGUGCUGCCACGCAAGUUCCCACAUCCGAAACAGAUACAAGCUUCAGGAAUCAGGACAUGUCAUUCGUUUGUACCUUAUAAUGUAGAAUACCUCCUACAGGCUUCCUUUUAUUGCAAAAUGGCAUGAAUUCGCCUAAAUAUAUCCUUAAAAAAUGCACAUGUUUUCAAAUAAAUAUAAAUAUAUUUGACACCUUAGCUAUAACAAUUACUUGGAUCAAAGACAAGGCAAUUGUAAAUGUUACUCUUGUCUCAAAAAGAUUGUCCUAAUCCUAUUUUGGGCGCCCUCUCUA